AUGUCUUCUUCUAAGUCUAAGCCAGAGGAGAAGUUUUGUUGUAGACCAGCUGAAAAAAAUGUAGUUAGGUUAAGGAUUAAUCAUGGGGGGUACUUUGUUCUUUAUCCUUGCAAGAUAUAUGUUAAUGGAAAGGUAGAAGAACUGAAUUGGGAAUUUGAUGUGGAUUAUAUGUAUUAUAUGGACUUUAUGAAGGUUAUAAACGAGUUGGGUUAUGUAAAAAUCAAGGGCAUGUGGUAUCAUCACCCAAAAUUAUCAUUUGAGCGUGGGCUACGACCUCUUGACAGUGAUGCAGAUGUGUUGAAAUUUGGGGAAGAAAUGAAUGGCUACGAUAUUGGUAAUAUCUAUGUUGAGCAUGUAGUAGAUGAACCCGAAGUUUUAACAGAAGAAGAAGUAAGAGAGUAUGUUGAAGUACAUAUGGAAGAAGAAAAUGUGGAAGAGAGGGAAAAAGUAAAUGUGGAAGAGAUGGAAAAGGUAAAUAUGGAAGGGAGGGAAGAAGUAAAUAUGGAAGAGAGGGAAGAAAUAAAUAUGGAAGAGAGGGAAGAAAUAAAUGUGGAAGAGGAGGGAGAAGAAGUAAAUGAGGAUGAAAGUGAGGAAGACGAAGAUUUUGUGCAAGAUGAAAUAGAUGAUUUGGGGGAUAGUGAAUUUGAUGACUUAGUUGAGGAUGAUUGGGAUUGGACACACGAAGUACCAAGCCACACAUUUACGCAAGAAAACAACGAUGCAACCCAAGUCUCAUCAACCCAAGAACCAACCAAAGCAUCUGAUUUUCAAGAAGCCUAUGAUGUUGAAUCAGAUGAACUUGAUACUCCCCGAGGAAGUGAUGACGAUGGUGAUGAACCUACUUUUCCGAAGUUUAAAAUGCCCGAAAGUGGUGAUCAUGUGAGAUUUGAGCUUGGAAUGUCAUUUGCCUCAAAAAGUCUUAUUAGAGAGGCAGUGAAGUCAUUUGCAAUGGAAAAGAUAAAAAACCUACAUAUCACGAAAAAUGAUAGGAAGCGAGUUGUUGUUAGGUGUGAUAAGGACUGUCCCUUUUACAUGAGAUUUAGUAAAAGGGUAGCAAACGAAUACUGGCAGUUGGUGAACUUCACUGAUGAUCACACUUGUCAUAGGACUGCUAAGAAUAGGCAAGCUACAACAGAAUGGCUGGCUAAGAAAUUUAUACCCCUCUUGAGACAUACACCUGAAAUGAGGCCAAAGGGUUUGGUUGCAGAGUCACUUGAAAAGUGGGGUGUGAAGUUGUCGUCGGCACAAGCAUACAGGGCCAAAACAAGAGCAUUGGAACUAAUACAUGGUGCUGAGACUGAGCAAUACGCAUAUUUGAGAAAUUAA